AAAUACCUGCCACCUCUGCCCGUCUCCUCCAGUCACCUGAAUGAAACUCAUUUCUCUGGAACUCUCCUCUCGUCUGCCUGCAAAUACCAAACGAAAAUCCCAACACCAUAGAAAACCCUAACAAAACCCUAGAGUUUCCCUCUCGCUGAUGCAGAGACCAUGGGGAAUCUCCUCUCUUCCUGCUUCCCUCCGAAGGCUGAUAAGAAGAAGAACAGGCCUUCCCUCUCCAAGCGCUUCUCAAACGCUCCUCCUCUCGGCACCAGCGGCAUAGGCUCCAGCAAUCGCUGGAGCAAGAUCCGAUCCUCCAGGAAAGACAAGCAAGAGGAAGCCCUGAUCCAAGAGCAAGCACUCGCCGCUGCUGCUUACAUCCUGCAGCAUCAGCAGCAGAACGGCGGCAGUGGAGGAAAUCUGCCGUUUGAUAGGUCGGCAUCACUACGGUAUCCAGCUCCCGGUCCGAAGAAGCAGUCACUGCCAAGGAGUUCGAGUUCCAGGGCGAGGUCCCUUACGGAUCCGCUGCUGCAGCCUCAGCAGCUCGUUCACCAGCUUGAGUCUUACUUUUGCCCAACGGAAUGGUUGCAGCAGGGGCCUUUGCUGUGGGAUCUAAAGAUUGAUGAUCUGGAGACCAACCAUUUUAUUCUUGUCCAUGGAGGUGGUUUUGGUGCUUGGUGUUGGUAUAAAACCAUAGCGCUUCUAGAGGAGGGUGGUUUCAAAGUUGAUGCCAUAGACCUAACUGGUUCUGGGAUUCAUUCAUUUGAUACAAACAGUAUUACGAGUCUUUCCCAAUAUGUAAAGCCACUUACUGAUUUCCUCGAAAAGCUCGGAGAUGGGCAGAAGGUGAUUUUGGUGGGACAUGAUUUUGGUGGUGCAUGCAUCUCAUAUGCUAUGGAGGAAUUUCCAUUUAAGGUUGCAAAAGCUAUUUUUAUAUCUGCAGCGAUGCUGACAAGUGGACAGAGUACUCUUGAUAUGUUUUCUCAGCAGGCUUUGGUUGGUGCAUCCAUCUUAUGUCAGUUUUUUUCCCCGGCUAAAUACGCAAGUGAUGUGCUCUGGUAUUCAUUCUCUUUGCAUUCUAUGCUGUUUGUGGCAAUCAUUUGGAGAUCAAAUGAAUGAACUGUGCUGUUUGCAGAAUGCAAGUUGGUCAACCAUGGAAGCAAGUUACUUCCAACUACAUGGACCAUACUAGGAUCAAGGCACCAAAUUACUUUUAACUAACUGGACAAUAGUAGGGCUGUAGAGAGUAAACUAGGUGGAGGAGUUUCUUGACUUGAAAAUCAAUAACCUGAUCUUCUUUAAAUAUGAGCCUGGAGAAGCUAACAGGGAGGCUGACCUUUUGGCAAAAUCUGGUGCUGUUUGUGCUAGUUUCCUGCUGGAUGACUCUGCAAUCCUUAACUGUAGUUUGUCUGUGGUUCGUGUGCUUUUGUUGUUUCAGGCCUUGUUUUGAGUUGGCUGGGUGUGGUUAAUGGUUAUGGGUGUUUGUGUGGCCAGCCGUGGUUUGGGAGGUUUUGCUUUCUGUUGGCCCUUGUUUGCUGGUUGUAGUUUUCUUUCUCUUUGAAUAUAACGCUUUUUAAUAAUUAAGAAACAGAGCAAGCUAGCUGAAGUAGCUCUCUUUCAAGGUGAGGAGUGAAGUAAAGAGAUGCUACAGGUGGGGAGUUUUGGAAAAUCAAGGCAGGUUGGGUAAUGGUGCUCAAAUGAAAGGAGAAAGGGUAUGGAGUCGAGGUGGCGGAAAGGCAAGUGAUGACCGGAAUACAGGAAGAAAUCUCCCAAGGUGGAGGUAGAUUGGAGUUAGGGUGGCAGUGGGCUGGGCUAGGGUUAGGCUGAGGUUGGCCCAGGCCUGCCCUAUAGCUGUAAUCCCUGGCCCAGGUCCUAAUGGGGUAAAGAUGCUAGGGCUGGUCUAUAUCGCCAGGCCAAAGUGGAUCUAAGUUUAGGAUAAGUUACAUUAAUGAUACAUAUUCAAUUGAUGUACAAUUGGUGAGUGUGUGUUUGUGGGCCAUCAUGCUCUUCUAGAGUGUCAUAGUUUUUCUGUGGCAUACCUGUAUAAAGUAAGGUCAUUCAUUAACUAAGUCUGUCCCACCUGAUCAUCCAUCCAAUGCAUGGACUUUAAAUGAGUGUAUCGAUCUGUUGUUUUCGAUUUAAAGUGGGGUCCAAAAUUUGGACAACUAAGUGCCUGGUAUCAUCCAUCACUCUACUGGAGUACCAAGUAUUACUUUACACACUAGUAUACAGACUCUUUAGCCUACGUUGUUAAGACCGGUGUACUAUAUGGAAUACACCAAGGCAACAUGUCAGAUUGGGUUGGGCUACUAUUCAUCAUUCACCCUGGCCCAGCCUGGCCUGAACACCGGGCCUAGAUUUCAAGCCUGAGACCAUCCCUCAGGCCAAGUUUAGAGAGACAAUGAAGAAAAUCUCCUGAGGAGGAAAGGCAUGUGACGUCUGGAAUAGAGGAGGAAGAGCUCUCCCAAUAAUGGACGCUAUUUGUAAUCGUCACCUCAUGCAAAUCUUUUAGAGGGAAGAAUCCAUCAGAGACUUAUCUGUGUGUUUUACCUGCAAAACCCUUGAUUGUUCAGAAGCUGGUGGAUCAAGCUACUAGGGCAGGGCAAGACGGAAGAGUUGGGCAGUGGAUAUGGAACAGGAGGAACUGCUUCAAGGGAAGGAUGAAGAUUAAUGAUUAUUUGCACCAAUGACAGGGAAAGUGUAAGCCAUUCAUGGUUCAGUGGCUUAAUAGAUCGCAUAAGGAAGAUGUUUGGCGUAUUCUUUGGCUAUGGCAAGGAGGAGAUCCGCGUGCCAUUUAAGUUCCACAAAGGCAAGGAGAAGUCAAACUCUCCAAGGGAGAAAUGUUGUAUUCCAAAAUAAGUAUAAGAGGUAAGAGAAAACUUUGAAAUCUUAUAUUCUUUGAUUAAAAUUACGAUAGCAUGGAAAUUCAGGUAAGGCAUAGUGCAAGAAGAAUCAUGGGAGAGGAGAUCGUAAGAAUACUCAACGCUAGGGAGCCCUUAGAAAAAAAUGCAAGUGAAGCCUCACAUUCCUUGCCCUUUUUUCAAAAAAAAAAGAAAAGAAAAAGGUCUCACAUUCCCUAUGUAGAAUGUGGGAGGGUUAGUUUGCUCUUAGAAAGAAAAGAAUGCAAGUGAAGUUUGAAAAUGACAAAGGGCUCAAUUGGUUGUCUCAUGAAGCGGAAGUCCAAGUUAUUGGACUAGCCCUCUCACUUUCCCUACCUAGAAUGUGGGACGGCUAGUUUGCUCUUAGAAAGAAAACAAUGCAAGUGAAGUUUGAAAAUGACAAAGGGCUCAAUUGGUUGUCUCAUGAAGCGGAAGUAAGUUAUUGGCAGGGGGCUGAGUAAACACAUGUAAUUUCACUGUUAUUGUGAUUGGGUGGCUUUGGAAGUAGUAGAGACCUUGGGUGGUAUUGUGGUGAUACGGAACAUGGAAGCCUUGUCUAAAGAUGUCUAUAACAGUCUCUAUACAAUUUAUGUAUGUUCUAUUGAAUGCUUCAGUUUAUUUGUUGUUCUAUGAAGAGGUUGCACAGAUGGGAUUUUAAAUUGAUGUAUGGUAUGAAGAGUCCGUAUUUGAGACCUCAUCUUUGGGAAGAGUUGGAUAGAGCUAGAAGCUGUUGGAAUGAGCAUGGGCAAGGUGUGCCGUAAUCGUAACAGUGGCAACCAUUACAUGCAAUGUUGUCAAAUCGCAUAUAAUUGCAUGAGUAAUUGGUCAGGUUGAUGGCUUUUUUUUUUUUUUUGGAAAUUUUUUUUAAAAAUGAAAAUAAAAAUCAUUAAAAAUUCUAACAAAAUUAAGGAAAACUAUGUCUAAUUACUACAAGUGAUUGGAUUGGAUAUUUUUACCUAUUUCAUUGUUGCUUGACUAUUAGACCAUUUAUAAGUUUAGUUAUAUUAUACAAAACAAAUUUAAAAAAUCAACAAUUGCACUAAGAGAGAAUUAAUUAUUAAAAACUACAAAGAAGUUUUAUUGAUAACUUGAAUCUUGAUGAGUUGUUAUAUACAAUAGAAGUUACAACUUAUUACAAUGUAUAAGACAUACGACCGUUGGCCAUUAUGCCAAUGCAUACUAGAGUAUUAUGCCUUUGCAUACUUUAGUAUGCCAUGGCAUAUGUGACCAUCACACGUGAUCUAAGCCAAUGUAUGUGAUUGUGUGAUCACACAUGACAACAUUGGUUACACGUUACAGGGUCAUAACUGCUGUUGUGAAAAAAAAAAAAAGUGACCUAUAAUGGUUAUUAUGGUCUCCACAACUGUCUGUUACAGGUUUUUUCGAAAAAGAAAAAGACUUUGCUUCUCCUUCAAGAAGAAAGAAGCAGUGAAAUUACAAGAAGCAUGAUCAACUUCUUGAAUUGCGUCCACAAGCAUCAGCCAAUUAAUCUCCCUACAGGAAGAGCUCAGUUCAUGUGGUUGAAUAACCAAGUGUUUCUAGUGACAGCCAGGAUCGAUAUAUUCUUGAUUUAUGUAAUUUUAUUAGCAUUAACUUUAAAGUGGAGCAAUUUGGCUGGUGUGAAAGUUAGACAUAAAUAAUGGAAUAUGAUAGUGGAGUGACUACCAGAAUUUAGUUCCAAUUGCGCUAAAAUUUUGAGGAAGUGAAAUUAAGAUUUACUCUUGGAGUUUAGACCAUGAGAGGCACGAGCUUGAUAAGUUGAGGAAACAUAGGCAUUCUGAAGUAAUUUCUUACAAGGCAGGAAGGACUCUGCCAAUGGAACCAAUGCACAUGAGAUAGUAGUUGCACUUUGCGGAAACAGGCUGAUGUGGCAUAGUGUGAGAAUCUGGCCAUUCUUCAGUAUGUAACCCCACCCUUGGAAGCUUAAAAAGUUAUUCCACUUAACAGGGCCAGUCUGCUCAUCCAGAAGGGCACAUGUAUGAGAAAAACGGAUGGUUAGGAACAAUUUGUAUUAGGGUGGACCCCAUAUGAGUUAACAUGAUUUCAUUAGUUGAGAUACCCACAAGCCAAAGCUUGCUUUGGACAGGGUGGGUUGGGGUAUAAAAUGCUAGCAAGGAUGAUUUCAGAAUUAGGGUAAAAGGAGUACUUUCCCUGGUAAAUUGGAACACAUGCUUUUACCUCAGAUUCUGUACAUUGGAGUGGCACAAUUGCAAUGCGCAUGAUUUGUACAAACUGAGUGAUCAGCACAUGUCGAGAUGUGAGUACUAUGAUUUCAAAUAUUGGUUAAGAUAUGCCCAUAUCAACCAUAUCGUAACCAUAUUGGUCACCCUUGUUACGUGACACUGGUGAACCAAUCCGUUAAGGAAAAAAAUGGACUGUAUCAACCGAUACAGACCAAUAAGCCCCAUAGCAGACAAGGCCAUUGCAGCCGAUACAGCCAUAAGGUCCCAUUUUAAAAGUUUUAUUUUGCAAAAUCUCUCCUUUUUCCUCUUCUUUCUUCAUUUCAAGCAUGAAGGUAGGUUUGAAACUAAUUUCAGACUAGAUCUAGGCUUAUCUUGAUGAUCAAAACACAAGAUUUGGAUGGGUUUCGAUAAAUUGAAGGCAGAAAAGAUCAUUUUGGGAUAUAUUUGAAGAAGGGUAAAUGAUCGCUCUUUUUUUCUUGUAUUCAUAUGUAAUGGGCCCUAAUCCACCCGACCAUGCUUGAUUUGUCUUUGACUAGGACCCACCUAUUUGGUUAACUUUCAGCUGGCCAAGCUGAUAGUCAACAUUCUUAUCAAAGAAUUGUUUGAUACACCACGGAAUGCAUGCUAAUUUUAUUUUUUAUUUUU